UGGGUGGUUGGUGGUUGUCGGCUUGCCUUGCGAUUGGUAUUGUCGCGAGAGCGUGUUAUAUUAAUGAAUUAGCUAUUUCUUAUAUUAACGUGAAUUAUUUUGAUUAGAUAUGGAGUUUGCAGUUGUCAAGUUUGUACAAAACAAUGACGUGGAUGUUGUGCCCUGCAGCUGGCUUUACGAAGACAAGGUAUACUGGCCUCCACAAAAUAUAGCACCUAAAAUUCUGCCCCACAGGCGUGAAAGAAUUUCUCCAGCAGAAUACUGGGAUCUUUAUCCAGUGUAUACACUUGGUAUUUUUGAAACCUGGGAAGAUGCUGAAAGAAAACUCAAAAUUGCUCAAGUACGAUCAGAUUUAGAUUCGACAGACCCAGACGAGCUUGGUAGGGGUAAAAGAGUUCAAAAUAAACGAUUGGUUGCUGAUUUAUCUUCUGAUGACAGUGAUUAUAUGGUUGCUGAUGAUAUUAUACCAGAAACGCCUAAGUUCAUUCAUAAAAGAAAAUCAAACAUUGAAAAUAAAAGACCCCUUAUUGAAAAGCUUUUUACUGCUGAAAUUAAUGGUGACAAGACAAAUGCAGAGAGUUCCCCCACUCUGUCCCGUUAUGCUGCAACACAAUCUGGUGGUAAGAUAGAUGAAGAUUCCUUCACUCUGUCUACUUUGUCAAAUCUGUGUGGCAUUCCGGAGCUCAAUAGGCAACCCAGUAGCCAAUCUUUGUUACUAAAUAAAUCUUGUGGAAACAGAGGUGGUAAGAUAGACGAAGAUUCGUUUACCCUGUCUACUUCGCCAGAUCUGUGUGGCAUUUCAGAGGUCAAUAGGCAACCCAGUAGCCAAUCUUUGUUACUAAAUAAAUCUUGUGGAAACAGAGAAUUAUCUUUAGAUGGAAAGCAACCUCCUGCACUUGCAUCCAGCUCGAUUUUGUCGAAUAAAGAUGUAGAGGGAUACUUAAAAGCAAUUCUAAGAAAUGUCAUAUCUAUUAAGAAUAGAAUUAAAAAAUUUGGAAGACCACAACAUAGCUCUAGAGGCAAAAAUUAAUGAAUUGGAUUGUGUGAAAAGGGAUAAAACUGAGAAUUUGCCGAAUGACUUGUCCAAGUUGCUACCACUCUCAACUUUUGAUGAAUUCAAUAUGCUUGAAGAAAAGCUGUCUGAUGAAAUGACGAGAAAACAACUGGUAUCUUACUUACAAAGAGUGGGAGGUACUGGGUUUCGUCAGGUAGCAACACUAGUGUUGAAGAAAUUGUUUACAGAUGCAUUAGCAGCUAAGUUCAGCUUCUUGGGACAGAGGGGGAAGCUCAGCUUUAAAAC